AUGUCCUCACAACAGCCACAGGCAGUCCGUUUUCGGUAUUUGCCAGAUACUUUGAAGGCACAAGUUCCAAAACACGUCACUCAUGCCAUUAUUGAUUCCUCGGUCACGUUUGUUGACAAGGAAGCCUUUUCCCGCAAGCGCAAACUUUUGGAAGUCAUCUUUGGCAGCAGCAGCAGCGAGCAGAAUAGCAACUUGCUAACGAUUGGGUAUGACGCCUUUUCCAACUGUCGACUAUUGUCACGCCUCCAUUUGCCAACCACCGUUAUUGAAAUUCGAGACGAUGCCUUUGCCAAUGGCAAGAGUCUAGUGGAAGUCAAGUUACCCCACGGCCUCAAAUGGAUAGGGGAACGAACCUUUGCCGAUUGUACGAGCCUGAAGCUCAUCCAGAUCCCGUCGACAGUGGAAGAAUUGGGCUUUCGGAUCUUUGUCAAUUGUCGAAAUUUGGUGUCGGUCGAGUUGACGGAAGGUUUGUUAGUGAUUGGCGAAAAAGUUUUUGAGCAUUGUACUUCCUUGAGAAAUGUUGCGGUGCCUUCUACGGUAGAAGUAGUGGAAGCGAAUGCCUUUUUGAAUUGUCUAAAGUUGGAACAACGCUUUCCCUAUACCGAUGAAUUGCACGAAGCAUUGAGACAUCGAUUUGACGACUGCCCCUUGCAUCGAAUAUGUUAUGAACAAGCCUUUCCACAAGUGAACGCGACUGCAAUGGAACUUGACGAUAUGCAGUGGUCUACUGAAACUGCUAGUUUGGAUUGCUUUGGUAUGACGCCACUUCACAUGUUGUCGCUGUCGACGGUGCCCAACGUGCAACUGUUGAAAGAUUUGUUACAACAGCUUCCUAACCGCACCCAGUUGGCCUGCACAAAGGAUAGAUGGAACCAAUCGCCCUACGAUUACUUGUUUUUGGAGUUGGACACCAACAAGACAUCGGGGGCAAGGGAACUGAUGGAGCACAUGAUCGAGGUAACCCUUCUCCAUCCGACGCAAUCCUUAGGGCUGGAUAGAUGGAGACGAGACAUUUGGAAUCGCGUCGACUUUUUCCAAACGAAUAAUGAGGCCAACACCUUGACGGCUGAUCGGAUUCAUACAGCCUAUGAAAAGCUUUCACACUACUGGCAAUUGGAAAUCUAUUCGUUAUUGGAGUUGGCCAUUUGGGAAAGCACAAUGGAUGAGCAAAGACGACAAGGAGAAGUCGUGGAUCGACAAGGUUGUCGCAUUCAAUGUGGUGUCCAAGUGAUUCUACCACACGUCAUGGCUUUUCUAAAGGAUCAAGAUUGGCUCGUUGUUGGCUUUGGGAUAGAAACUAAAGUCGACUAA